AUGGAAUCCCAUGUCUGUUCGCAUGGGAAAAACCACUGUAUAUUAAGUCUUUGACGUCCAGCCUCGACGACAAUCCAGCCGGCCUGGUCGUGGUUCCCAUCAGACUCGUCCAGAACACCCGUUCCGAUGAUAUGAUCUCUGCCUUUUCCUUAACUCAAGCCAGUCACAUGUUUUUUGCCGUGCCCCAUUCUUGCCAUCCCUCCACAUCUCUUCUUCUCCUUCGCCAGGAACGCCACCACGCACUCCCAAUCCCCACGGCAUGUCUUCGCCUUUUGGGCCUCCGCCCUCGGGUCUCAACUUGAAGGACAACGCCACACCCGGCAACAAUGCGGCCGUGAUUGUUCUGACGGUUAUUGCCACUACCGCUGUCGUUCUCCGCCUGGGUGCGCGGAGAAUGCAGCAAACAGCGUUGGUGGCAGAUGACUACCUCAUCCUCGUUGCCCUGUUCUUUGUAUAUUGUACCGCCGGGCUAAGCAUAGCAAGUGGCUUCUUUGGCGCAGGAAAGCAUCUGUGGGCGCCGAUGAUAACGGCAAAAAAACUACUAAUUCUCUAUUCGUAUACCUUUGUUUACGCCGCUUCGGUCUCGUUCACUAAGCUUUCCAUCAUCUCCUUCUACUCCCGCAUCUUCGGCUCUGGCAGCCGCGGCUUCAAUAUUGCCUUGUACACGUGUACCUUCCUGACGGUUGGCUACGCCAUCACGGUCUGGGCGACGAUGCUCGGGAGCUGCCAGCCCAUUCCUUACUUCUGGAAUCGCGAUCUCGACCCCACCGCCAAGGGGAAAUGUAUCAACGUCAAUGUGUUCUUUUUGGUCGCCGGUAUCAUCAACAUGUUGAUUGACAUUUUCAUCCUCGCCUGCCCAAUCCCCAAGAUCUACAAGCUCCAGAUGUCAAGACGUCGCAAGUUCACUGUCAUCGGGAUCAUGCUACUCGGGUCGUUUGUGUGCGUCGCUAGCAUUGUCCGGAUUUACUAUCUCGUCAAGCUCCUAUCCGAUACCGACCUCAGCUGGAUCAUGGGUCCUGUCUUCAUUUGGUCCUCCGUCGAACCGUCCAUCGGCAUCCUUUCUGCCUGCCUCCCAGUGCUGGGUCCUCUGCUGCGCAUUGUCUUCCGCAACUACGUCAGUUCCAACAAGCAAAGCGCCUCCCACGAACUGGAGAGGACUCCGGGCUACUACAACCUGUCCAAUAGCAAAUCAGGCAACGACCUUAAGAGCUUCGACCGACGUGCCUACAUCGGCAAAUUGAGGCCAGACGAUGACGAGAUAUACCUGACGAAUAAUGCGACA